AUGACUCCGCGAAACAUCUCAAGACCGCCAUCCUCCGACCUCUACACACCGUCUACCGGUCUCAACCCCUCCACCGAGAUGGACCAGGUCCUCAAAGCCCGAAAGAUGAGCUCUGCAUCUGCUCGGAGGAAGAAGUUCCAAGAACGACAGCAGCAACAGGCCCUAGACCGAGAGAAGCUCGCAGAACAUAAGAGGAGGAUUUUGAUCUAUGAUCAUAUGGCGGAGCAUGUAUCGGACUCCACGGAUGAGGCUGACGGGCAGAACUCUGCGGAUGAAGUCGACAUGGACGCUGAGCGCUCUGAUCGGGAGUCGUCAGUGGAGACGUCUUCGGAGAGGAGCAUUCUGACGCCGGACGAACUGGCGCAGAACAGAGCUGCCUUUGGCAAACAAACUUCGUCUGGGUCGGAUCAGGUGGCGGGCCUCAAGAUUCAGAUACCCGAUGAUGAAGAGAUGCUUCAGCAGUUGGAGGUGGACGACGUCCAUGUCGUCGUGCCGCCUUCUCCGAAGCCUCUACUCCAAGCUUCUCUGGCUUCUUGGUCCGACUUCAGAUACGAUCGCUACUCCGUGGUUCUCGACUCUCCGCUGUCCGAAGCUCUCAGUCCCGAGCUCGACAAUGAGGAGACGUUCUCACCCAUUGAAACUGCGACACCGAUAUCCUACCAGCAACCGAAAUCUCGUCCCUCACUAAUAUCUAUCGUCAGCCUCACCCACCGAGGCAAACGACGGACGGCCUCCAUGCAGAGUCCUUUGUCGCAAACAAUGCCGCAAACUACAGAACGGCCUCUGAAGCGCCAGUCCAUGAGUAGUGUGCAUUCUGGAUUCCCCGCUGCGGAAGCUACGCUGUUCCAGGUCCCAAGCUUACCCGAGAAUGCUUUCGAGCUCAUCGCCAAUGCGAGUCAAGAAUCACUCCCUUUAUCUACGAAGGAGUCAACCAGGUCCAAAGCCGACAGGAAAUCCAGCAUGCCACGGUUAUCGACUGCACUAAACCACGCACGAAUGAGCAGUAUCAAGAGUUUCAUCAAGACGCCUACGACUGCGACCACCCCUUUGCCACACACACGAUCCUCGUCUCGGCCUUCAAGCCAUAUGAGCAGACCUUCCACUGCAAGUACAUCGGCGGCGGACGCUUAUUCUGUGAUGAAAAAUUCGAUCGCGUCGACGAGUUCAAGCAAUCUUUCCUCGAUCACGCGCCCGGCCACAUCCCGCAACGCUUCAGCUUCGAUGGUGGGAUCUGUCGGCUCCAACAUGACGGCGUUGCCAUCCUUCCCGACUCUCCCAGCAGAUGAAGAAGCUUCAGAUCCCUUGGCCACUAGACCCGCCAUGCAGAGAAAGAAAUCCUUCUCCGCGCUCCGGAGACGAAGUGAGAGUAUUGGACAAGCCAUCAAAGGACUGGGCAAGAUUACGACCAAACAUGACCCUCCGGUACCGACGAACCCCGGCUUGGUGACUUCAAAGAAACCGCAACCAUUCGAUUUAUCCCAAUUCCCCACUCCACCGUUGCCAUCUCCUCGCCUUGGGAAAAGUAGUGCGGGCUCAUUCACUUCGACCAGGGCGACGAGUAGUGGAGGUCAGAUAGGACUGGGCCUGCGGAGUAUGGAGGGUUUUAGGCAAAGGUGA